AUGCCUGCUUAUUUGAACUUUUGCCCUGGAGGAUUGACUUAUUCGGGUUCCUUUUUUGGCGAAAAUUUCUACUACCAACUUUCUGAUUGUACUUCGCCCUCCAUUGGAGCCCUGGCAGCUGACAGGAGAAGUCCGACUCAGGCGGCUUUAACUUCGCGCAACUCGCGUCGCAAUUCGCAAAAUCGACCCUCGGCUCAGUCGAGUCCCCAGGUUGACUCUUCGACUGUCUCCGUUGAUAGCCUAGUCUACAAGGCAAAAUUGGCCGAUGACAGACUGCGGCAAUACUCCCUUCUUUCUUCUGGACAAAUGGGAUCAGGUACUCCUUUUUUUCUCCCUUCUCUGGCUGCUCUGGCUGAGGCGUCCUUUGGACGAUUGACUGGUGUACCCCAUUCUAGUGUGAAGGCUUGGGCAGAUGCAAUGGUCUUGCAGUACUUGGAGACCACUCCUGAGAUUUCCCCCAGGACAUUGGAGGAUGCAGGCAGUGCCAAACCUGCUGCCAUGAAAACUAUCACUGAUACAACUUCCUCAGUUCUUCGCAAAAUUCUUGAACAGCAAGAGAACGGAAAGCUAGCUCACUUGGCAUCCUCUCCGAUGUCUCGUGCUCGACCAUGUGGUUAUGUUUUUAAGAGGGGGGAUAUUGCCUGGAACUGCCGUACUUGCCAGGCAGAUUCCACUUGCGUUGUAUGUGACAACUGCUUUCGAAACUCAAAUCACGAAGGACAUGAAGUCUACUUCCAUAGAACAACCCCGGGUGGGUGCUGUGAUUGUGGCGAUCCGGAGGCCUGGAAAGCUGAUGGAUGCUGUGAUGCUCAUAGGCCUCCAGCGACAUCCAAAGUAGAAUCGAGGGUGGAUGACCCGGAGGAAGCCGUGAGAAUGGCCAAAAAGUCGUUGGAGGAAUCUGAGGAAAGCCUUCGAUCGGGAACCACAGCUCUCCCACCAAAAUUGGCUGCUGCCCUGGGAGUGGUUAUUGGAGCAGCUGUCAAGUGCUUGCUGGAAGCUGCUGACGGUGCUGGGAUUGGUGCUGACCCAAUCCAGUGGAAAACCCGGUGGUCGGACGAGGCAUCACGGAUAAAAAAUCGUGCUUGUCACAAUGAAGAUUAUUGCUUGCAGAAUCCCGUUGCAACUCCUAGUUCAUUCCUGAACGGGAUCAUGCCGGAAACAUUGCCAGAUGGCUACAGAUUACACCUGCGAUUGCACAACGACGACGUUCACACAUUCGAAGAAGUCAUUGAUGCGUUACAUGAACCCCGACAGUCGCGUCGCAAUGUUCAGAGGGACGAGGAACAGGAUGUCCCACCGCUUGUUCCCAUGAGAGACACCGCUACGGACAUGACACAUCACGUUGACGCGGAUGGACAAGUGACGGUCAAAAGUUACACAACGAUAUCGGCUGCAAUGCAAGGAUUUCGGAGACUCAAGUCCCAUGGGCUGCACUGUGCUGUGGUUGGAUCGUCACAGGUUGACCAGGAACAGCGUGCAAAGGCCUUGUCGUCAUGGUUGGCGGAUAUAAGCUCAGCGCACCCUGCUGCCGCAAGUCUGGUUGUACAUGCUCUGGUACAAGUAAACCCCCGGCAUGAUUUGGCCUCCAUAUCUGUUUGGCACGAAGCGAGGAUGAUUCCUGCUUGGGCCGCUCUUGACGUUGUCGACGAAGCACAAGCAUGUCAACGACGCUUUCAGGCGUUCCCGCCGCACUUGCCAUCCAGUUACGUUACACGAGAACAGGCAGAGACGCUACACGCGUAUUGUACGACCGUAAAUCCGGGUGCUUUUGUGCAGCAGACAGGAACAAACGCCAAUUUCUACGCCAAAGUUCCAUAUCGCUUGCAGCCGUCGCGAUACAGAAAAUCGCCUCACGCUCUCUGGGGCACGCUCCCAUCAACUUACACAGACCCAAUUCCAGUGGCUUCAAAGCACCCUCUGCUCCACUUUCUGCAUCACGGGCAAUAUAAUCCAAACGUUCAGAAUCGCCUGACCGAGGGUGUGCACGUAAUCGAUACCGACUUGAGGAAGCAGCAGGAGGCCGACCGGAUUACCUCGAGUGUCUACCCUCACAAGCUACCUGGGCUUCACUUGGUCAGCGGAGUUGGCACGAGACCCAGCAACAAAAUUUCGGUGGAGCGAGCACCGCUGCCAAACCCCAUGCAGUGGCGACAUUUGCUCGGGACCUCGUCAUUCCGAGCUCCGGCUUCACCCUGCCUCCUGUUGCUGCUAUUGGACCCUUACCCAACAAAACAGUUCCGAAGUGCGAUCCACGCAUUAUUUCUUUCCCUCCUAACAGAUGCUCGGUUCAAGUGUCGAUUUGCUGCAGCACUCGGUGUUGCGUACCGGCCACUCACUACCCUUUUCUGUGCUGGUGUUGGGACCGAAGCGGAUUCACCUAUUGGUUUCACUGUGCAAAUCUUCACCGCAGGAAGCCUUGUUCGAGCACUCGGAAGCGCCUCAGUUGCAGAGCAGCUCUUGAAGUCCGAUGACAAGGAAGGCGACGAAGACGCUGAAUCCUCCAUUGGCGUCUCGACUUCUCCGCUCGCACAUUCUAUUGUUCGUUGUAUUCAUACGAACAUCCUGGGUGCGACCAAAGAAGUAAACAUGAUUUUGAACAACACGAAAGCUGGCGAUGAUAAUGACAGCCAAGAGGAAGCUGAUCUUGGAAACGGGGGACUUCUUCGGGCGCUCACGUAUGUUGCUGGGGAGCACCCUCUCACGACUCCUCUACCUGCAGCACCUGACGACGGCUUUCUGGACUCUAGGUCUACCCGCCACAAGAGGCUGCCACAUCUUUUGCGAGAUUUAGAAUAUGUUAUUGAAACUCCCGGAACAGCUUUGCGCUUGCUUCUGCCGUCGCGCUUCCCUUCGUAUCAAGGGCCGACGGAAUCAUCCCGUGGUGUCAAUGUGCAGACGUUUGCGGCUGUUUUUGCAAGGCUUCUGCGGGUGGCUCAGGGAAUGGACCCGCAAAAGCGAAAAAUAUCUGGAGGGCACGUGGAGUACGAGCAGAAUCGUUGGCUAGAGGCAUUUGGGCUGAGCUUGAACUUUGCUGGAACCCGUGACGCGCUGGCUGAAAGUUUGGUGAACACGACAACGAACAUGAUUCUGCUGCAAGGGAUGGAAAACAAAUCCCGUCUUGGAAGCACACGAGAGGCGAUGGGCAACAUGCUUGCAGCGUUGCUGCGUGAAAUAAAGCUCUGGCUUUACCGAGAAGGAAUGCUGGAAACCGGGUUGCCAAUCGGUCCAGGUGGCACACAUGGCGGGGUCGAUCUUUCGCAAGUGGAAGCUCUGCAAAGAAGCACUCUUCAUGUAUCUGGUGCUCAAGUAGGAAUGUCCCCCAUCGCAUCUGGCGCAGGAGAGUCCUCGAACGUUUCAACGAAUGUGAACGCGGUGGCUUUGUCUUGUGCAACCGGUGUAAAAAUGACAGAGGCCCAAUUGAAUUUGAUCGAAAGCGCACUUAGAAUAGAAAGCGCACAGCACAAUCACAUGGACGUGAUGAACAUAUCAUCGACGCAAUCACCCAUGAAAUGUCCUGUUCUCGGAGACUGGCUACGAGUUCCUCAUUCUCCGUUGGCAGGCGACUCGCUGUCAUUCCAUUUACCUCUCCACCGUGCUCUCGCAAAGACUGUACGAAGCAUGUGCGGCAUCGUCGUCCCUGAGUCGGUACGAAACAGCCCUGGGUCAGAAUGGUGGAAGCUGCCAGUGUUGGACGAACCAAAUGUGCCAGCGGGGACCGAUUCAUCCGCUGCACCAUUCAACCAUCCCCUGGUUUCUGUGAUACGAUCUACACUUCGAUCAUCAAACUGCAGAGUUGUGUGGUCUGCGGGCCCUGAUUGCUCGCCACAGGAUGCUCAGCAAAGAAGGGCGCGGUCGCGCACCGUUUCUGCGAAUAUCGCGGUCGCCAAGAUCAUUCAUUCCCUGGCUGAUCAUCCGAUUCGAUGCCUUGCUGCUAGCCAACAGAUUGAGAGACACCUCUGGGCGAGAAAUGGCAGUGCAACCGCAGGAAUGGCCUUGAACUACUCCAGCACGCCUCUUUGCCAACGAUUCAGAGAUUUGGACUUGACGCUGGUUCAGCUGUCGGCUGCUGGACUGAGUGUUGGAUUGGGGGCCCGAAAGGUGUUUGAACUGUUGAAAAGUCGUUUCAGCAUGGAUGGGUAUCUGUGCGAUCCAGAACGAAGAACGCAGAUUGGUUCAAAUAGUCCUUCCAGUGGCAGCUAUGGCUCUGGCAGCAAUAGUCAGUGGGUCAACCCACCAAGAAUGCAGGACCCCGAUCAUGCAGUUGUGUUGUCAGAGUCCUUCUUCUUGACUCUCUGCAUGCUGGUUACUGAAUUGCCCCCACCACCACCUUCCUCCGAGAAGGACGACACUUGGUUGCGACUGAGUAUUAGAAGAGAGCUCAUUCACGCGCUGGUUGCAGAAGCGCGAUCUCACAGUGAAGCCAUGGCGGCUGCGUCGUGUGCUGUGAGUCGGAGAGACGAGAGUGAUGGCACUGCUCUCUCAAGCGGAGGCGGGAGUUUGUUUCGAGAGGCGUUUUCGGAUGUACUGCAAGAGAUCGGAAAGCAGAAAAGCCAAGGGUCAUCUCGAGUUUCAUCUGGUCCGCCAGCGUUCGAACUGAAGGCAAAGUUUUGUGACGAAUACGACCCGACUUUCUUCCACUUGCGUCGCCAAGAACAUCAACACGCAAUGGAUGUCGUUGCAAGACUUCGUAAAACAAAAUCUGGAGAAGACGAAGCUGGAGACGCCUUCUGUUUACCCCUCGUGUGCGCUCCGCCCAAAGCACACCCUCGCUUCCUUCCGUGCAGGCUGUUACUUCAUUUGCAAGGAAUGGACGCUGCUCUGCGUCGUGCCCUUCUUUUUGCAUUGACUGGCGGUUCUUGGCUGCCUCCAUCAGAGCCUGAAACCGACGCUUGUCUGGAGGACGCCGAAACCAGCCCAGAGCAACCGGCAGGUGCUGAGUCCAGCACUGUGCCGAGACAUGGUGAUGUUCCGGCAAUUGCGUUUGGAGGUCGUAGAUCCCUGAGCACUCCUUUGGCCUCUACUUCGUCUUCCUUCAAACGAUCCUUGAGCGAGGGGGACAGGCCACCUCCUUUCUCUCCCGACGUUGUGGCGGCUUCAUCAGUCUCGUUCUUAGAGGUCUUGCAGCUCUUGACGCUUCAAGUACACACACUGGAAGAAUGCGCCUCGCUUCAUCAUUCAAUAUCUGAUUUGGAUGACGAAGCAAAGCUGUUUUCUGCCGGGCUGUCCAUAAACUCAUAUCUUGGUCGCCUUGUGCAUGUGCCUGACAGCUUGGCAGGUAUUUGGGCUUUCCGUCCUCACCCCCAUGGGCCUUUGACUUCAAGUGGCAGUGGUGCCAAUCGCGGAGCCAUUCUCGGUCUCUUGAUUGCUUUGUACGAACAUCGUUCAGAUCAUGGCGCCAUUCUUGAUUCAGGUGGUGGCAAGGAUUACGGGCAAGGUGACAGCGACCAUGGCGGUGCACGUGCUCUUGCGUCAAGUGGCUUGAAGUGGCUUCUGCGAUUUGUCAAUGCUCUGGUCGACGGGGCUCACAGUGUCGGUGCCGCUGUCAAGAGUGCCACCACGGGUGUUCCAGUGAAUCGGUCGUCACAGUCUGCUAACGAAAAUGAGACAGUAUGGACAAUAGACGAAAAAAUCCGAUCUACCAUCCGUGGGAUGCUGUCGGGUCUUCCAGAGCUCUGGCCGGCCCCUCGAGAACCCGGCUCGACGAAUGAGGGCAAAACCAAUGACAAGGGUAAGGAAGCAAGGAAGGCUGCUCAAGCACGUGUGCUCGCGAUGAUGAAGAAGAAACAAGCUGCAUUUGCGGCAACAAUUGCCCCUGCAGCUGGAGGGGGGAAUGCCCUGGACGAUGCCGAUGACGAAGAGGCGGACCUGUGCAUUAUUUGCCGAUGCGAUGACACCUAUGGAGAAAACAAUGGCCCACUCGGUUAUUUGGGCCACGUGCAACGGUCAAGAGUGGCGCAAAUGCGGGCAAUGAGAGAGUCCGCCUCUAGAGGACAGAAUGCUUUCAAUGGCAUUUCCUUGUUGCAGAAGUACCGCGUCGUCGGACACAUGGGAUGCCAACUUCGCGAAUCGGAAGCAAUGGAUUCAAGGCCGCUGUCUUGUCUCCCUCGAGGGAGUAUUGUCACGGUGCUCAAGAUUGCCAUGCUCGACAAAUACGAUAUCCUCUCGCGUCGAGUGCUUGUGAAACAUGUGUCAAUCAAGCCACAGGAGAAUGACCUAUUGACAGAAGGCUGGGCAAGCGUGCAGUCUUCGCAAGGAUACAUCAUUUUGAGCCCUCUGGCUUCUGUUUGCUACACGAACUCCCGUUGGGGAGGUACUCGGCCAAUCAUACGACAGUGCGGGCAUGCGGCGCAUCUGAAGUGUGUUGAAGCACAUACUUUGUCUCUACAUCAGCGUGCGGCUGGAGAGCAGCCUUACGACGGCCGCUUCGCGGCGAAUAUCGACGACGGGGAAUUCCUUUGUCCGCUUUGCAAGCAACUGUCGAAUAUUUUAAUUCCACGUGACAACUUCGUGGACGUAGCUCCUUCCGAUAAAUCAGGUGAAGUGACCAUGCAGGACGCAGAUCCUGCUCCUGCUUCAGAUGGCAAGACGGGCACUCUCAGGAGUGGAGAACCGUUUUCGUCUUUCCAUGACAAGAUUGCCAUGGGAGCAAACUGCACUGCAAAAAGGUUGAAAGUCAUCGGAAAGGAAGCCCUGAAAGAUUUCGGAGCACAUCUGUUCCAAGCUAUGGAUGUGCCGUGGGAACGCCAACUAGGUUGGAGGAGUCAAAACCAGCUGCACCCGGCUAUACUGCGCUGGGACUAUGAGGAAGAAGACGACCCCGACGAUGACAACAAGGACGGCGACGCAGCACCAAAGGAAGCUCCACAUGGGAAGAGCAUACUGAGACUACUGCGUCAGCAACAUAUUGCAUGGGCGGCCCUUGGUCAUAGCGCCGCGGCACUUGAGGCAUCUACAAGAGGAACUGAAGAAGUGCUUCCGUUCGGUACAAUGGUGAACACUUCGGACCCAUGGUCGGAUUUCAAGGCAGAAGAGAAAGACAAACAUCCCAUGCUGCUGGAACUUAAGCGAACGGUUGCAGGAGUUUCUGGGUUGUAUGAAGUGCUCGUCGACGAAGUUUCCAGCGAGCUCGGCUUUGAGAAGUUAGAUUCCAAGACCCCUUCGAUUGUUGGGGUUCUGCUUGCCGACAUCUUCGAUGGAAACAAUUGGUUCCACACUCUGUCUUCUGAUCAGAACAUUGACAAGGACACGCUGAUGCUUUGGAGUAAGCUCACGGGUCUCAUGGCUUCAAUCCCUUGCCACGUUGCAAGAGACGGGCAAAUUUCAAAGCGUUCCGAGGCGAGGGCUUCCGCUGCUGCAAUGUGGACUGUAAAGGGUCUCGGCACUCAACGGAGGAAGAGAACCGACCCCCCUGCACCACUUGCAGUAGCCAAAGUGUUUGACAGCAUCAAGAAAAAGUACGAACCGGCCGAUGUUAACCCAGGCUGGGGAACGCUUGAUCCACAGGGUUGUGGAUCCGAUCCACGAACACCAUUUCGCCCUGCUGUCGCCAGUGCUUUUCUUUACACGCCUCUCCUGGCGUGGGAUUUGAGCACGUUUUCUGGGGCCAUGUUUUCUGCGGUUCUUGUGAACGACGUUGCUGCACUCCCAACAAGCAAAGAGCUAUUGUACCUUGCGCAAUCACUACUUGUCUCAAGAAUGAUCCAGGCAAUCAUCACGCCCGGGGGGAUUGUUCCAGGCUCUGAAAUGGAUAUAGAUGGUGACGGCAUGGAGUGGCCACAGCAGGAUAUCCAAAGGGAGGGUUCUGCCUUGCUGCAGCUGGCAACCCGCUGCAGAAAUAAAGUGACGGAAGUAGCUUUGCAGGGCUCUACUUUCCUUGACGACCUCGCAUCAGUUGAGGCGUUGCCGAUGUUUUCGUCGGUUGGUGAAGCGCUACUUCCCUUGUCAAGAUCCAUCAUAUUACUCUUGCGAGCUUGCACCGGAGUUAUCAGAGAAAGGCAACGCCUGUGCCAGAUAGAACCAGCAAAAGAGGAUGAAUUUGACCAACGGUUGGAUACUGUCGUGUACAGUUCCGAUAUUAUGUCAUCUGAUGAUGGAUUCCUUGUGUACAAAGCCAUUGGUGGGCCUCUUCCGUCAUCCAUAUUGCAGGAAUCCAAUCCCUGGUGGACCAAGAUCACCAAGUGGUUAAUUGCGGUUUCAAUCUGGGAAGCUCACCAUGGGUCGAGCGGAAGAAAUGUUGUUCCAUUGAUUGCUAAUAUCGCUGGCGUCUCUCCACGAGACCCUACGAUUACGGUGUCGAAUCGCCUUACGACUGCCGACAACAAGGAUGUGAACAUGCGAGCUGUGGAUGGAACUGUCAUGGAAUCCAAGCUUAACGAUGCUGUCACUACUAACAGUGUUGGUGUCAAGAGCAGCUCGGUAGAUCACAAUGGCUCAAUCGAAGAUAUGAACGAAUCGGAUGACGACGAAAUUGUGGAAGGAAUGGAGUUGGACAAUGAGAUCCCUGUCGUGGACCUACCUGACUCGGUGGCUGGGCAUGAUGCGCCGGCUGCAAGGCAAGGGCAGUCGGGGUCUCAAUUUCGAUCGGAGGAUUCAUCCGAAGAAGGCAGCCACUCCGAUCUCAAAGAUGAAGGGGGCCAGUCGGACCGAGAGUUUGCCUACGUUUCUAGGUCUCCAAUCAUUUCCUACCAACCUAGCGUAUUGGGCCUUGUGGGUAUUGGAGCCAUCAGACAAGGCACAUUUUUUGAGUCUCAAUCGGCGAACUCGGUUAUGUCAGACCUUAGCCACCUUGGACUACUGCAUUCAAGAGAAAUUCCAACUUUCAGCCUGGUGCGACUACCAAGUUCCUUCGUCGAGCUUUAUAGUAUCGUCAACAAAGUCAAAGGGAGGGACGAGACCAACUUGGUCGAUGAAUCUGAUGAUGUGAGCACCUCUGAAACAGCGAUUUGCCUGGUUUCAGGAACCGUCUUGAGGUCUGGAUCCACUCGUCGUUCCUUCUCGACCAGAGCGGCACGCCCACCUGGUGCUUGUACACUUCAUGCCAGAAAGACUGGAUCAGGAAUUGGAAUAUUCUUCCUUGUUCAAAAAUGUACAGUGCUGCUAAUGCAUAACAACAAGUCAGCCUACUCUGCGAGUCUGUAUGUUGACGAGCACGGGGAGGAAGAUCCGGGGUUGAGAAGAGGACGCCCUUUGUUUUUGAACCAGGCUCGAUACCGAGCAUUGGAGGUCUUGUGGAGGCAGCAGGGAAUUCCUCGUGAGGUGGCUCAGAUCCGCUCAACUUCAGAUAGAGUCAUUCGCGAUAACUGGUACUAA